UUCAGCGAGGACCGGCUUGUCACUCCAAGCCUGUCAUUGCUUGCGCAGUUUGCGUCAGCAGAGGGCGUUAUCUCAGCCAGCUGUGGCACCCCUCCACCCCUCCUCCUACCAGCAGAGGAGUUUAUUUAUCCUGAGGGAGAAGCGGACAUACAUUCACAGCGAGCAGACAACGCGUCUGUGGAAGGUCGACAUGAUGUUGAUCCUCCUGCCUGUGCUGCUGCUCAGCCUGCUGCGACCCUGCACCGCUGGAUUCCCGCUCACCCAGCACUGUGACGCUUCCGUAGAUGGCACCAUACACAAGUAUAAUGCAAAGACCCUAAACGGGAGUAACACUGUAAACUUCAGUGACUACAUCGGAAAGAGUGUCCUCUUCGUCAAUACAGCUACAUACUGAGGACUCACCCUACAGUAUGUGGAACUGAAUGCACUACACGACGAGAUGAAACCAUUUGGACUUACUGUUCUUGGCUUUCCAUGCAACCAGUUUGGGAAACAGGAACCAGGGCAGAGACAUGAAAUUCUGCCAGGUUUAAAACAUGUCAGACCAGGCAAUGGAUUUGUCCCAAACUUCCUGCUGUUUGAGAAAGGUGAUGUGAAUGGAAAAAAUGAGCAAGAGGUUUUCACUUUCCUUAAGAAAUCCUGCCCUCCGGUUGGAGACAGCUUCAAUAACCCCAGCGAUAGAUUGUUCUGGGAGCCUCUUAAGCUCAACGACAUCAAGUGGAACUUUGAAAAGUUCCUGGUGGGGCCUGACGGGAAGCCAUUGAUGAGGUGGCACCCAAGCGUCAGUGUCUCAGUAGUCCGAGCUGAUAUUCGCAAACACCUGCUCCAAAUGUUCACACAGCAGGUUUUUAAUUAGAUCUGUGUAAUGAAAUUAACAAGAUAGCUUAAGUAGAAUACAAGGGAAUUGGUGUUAGAGUAAUGUAACAGUUUCUGAUGCAUGAAGAUGGCAUGUUGAAUGAAGAGGAGGCUUGAAAACAGAAACUCUGUGGUGCCUCUUCAGAGUCUGGGAUUCAGGGCAGCUCUUCAGUGCAUUCAGGCCGCCCUACACUCCCACAGCAUCAUGUCAUCUUCUCAACACAGGACCUGCUAGCAAUUACAUCCUAAAUGUCAAUUACUUCCAAUAAAUCAUGAGAACACA